AUGAGCUGGAUACUGUCCAAUCUUGCCCUGAACGGAUGGUCAUGGUCGAAAAAAGGCGAGCCUUGGGACUUCUCCGGAACCAAGGAGAUCGUUGUCGUGACCGGAGGUUGUUCAGGCUUUGGGAAGUUGAUGGUAGAACGCUUCGCAGGCAGGGCGAAAAUUGUCAUCCUUGACGUUUCUCCUCUGCCAAAAGAUCUGCAAUCAGUGCCAAACUUGAAGUACUACCGUUGCGACUUGACGAACCGGAAUGAGGUAGGAGAGAUUGGAGCCUCCAUCAAAGCGGACGUGGGCGAUCCCUCCAUUCUAAUCAACAAUGCUGGCAUUUCAAAUACGGCACCCAUUCUCAAGUCGCCUUUGGAAGUCGUGGAGAAAAUGUUCAAGGUGAAUCUACUCUGCCACUGGCAGACUGUCCAAGAAUUUCUCCCAAACAUGUUGAAGAACAAAAAGGGCCACAUUGUUACCAUUGCCAGCAUGGCGAGUUUCAUCUCCAUGCCAGGAUCCAGCGAUUAUUGCUCGAGCAAGGCUGCUCUGGUCGCUUUCCACGAGGUGCUGACCCAGGAGUGCCGACACGGUUACGAGAAUGGAGACUGUAUCCAGCUGACCAUCGUGCAUCCAUCGUUUGCCAGUACCCCAAUCCUGAGGGGCCACGAAGGGGAGCUUCGCAAGAUGGGCGCUUCGGUCAUGGACCCAAGUGUGGUGGCAGACGCAGUGGUCAACCAGGUCUUUAGAGGGCGCUCCGGAAGACUGAUCGUUCCAUCAAGCUUCAGCCUAUUAUCUUUCAUUCGCGGCUGGCCGAUUUGGCUCCAGGAAAUCUUCCGCAAUCAUCUUUCGCGGAACAUGAUGAGGUUCCGGAAAAAUGUGGGUGCAUGA